CUCGCAAUGAAUCUGUGCUCAGUAUUCGGGAUCUCUAUAUGCAUAUUAGCGUCCAGUUUCGCACAAACCCAAUCCCCACAAUGCAAUCAAACAACUCCACAAAUAAAAUCAAUGAAGCCUAACUUUGGUGCAUCCAAUGCAUUUUACGAUAUUGCUAAAGGAAUUUCAGAUGGAUUGCAGAACACUCCGAAUUCGAAAACGUAUGAUGACCUAAACGACUUAAUAUUUGGAAAUGGUGCAGUUUCCUACAAUCAAGUCAUCCAGGACAUGGUUAUCAAUCAAAUUGGAGCCAUUAUCUUCUGGAGUGUUGGCUUUGUUUUUGUGCUUGCUGCUCUUGUAUUCGGAGUUGCCACGUGUAUUUGGCAAAUUUGUUUCUCGUGUGUUCCAAAGGAGACUUCAACUCGCUCAGAAAUCACUGGUUAUGUCUAUGCGGGACUUUUGGUCACUGUAUUCGCGUUUACUCUAACUGGAUUAAUUAUUUUCAAUGUUGCCGAGACAGAUCUCACAGAUUCGAUCGAUAAUGGAAUGGUCUACAUAAAUCAAACAGCUUCAGAUCUCAACACUGUCAUCAAUGAUGGAACGGACCAGGUGACAUGUGAAGUGACUACAACUACAACUCAAACAUUUGGCAACGUGAAUCUUUUCAUUUCAAAUUACUCUGCAAUAGUUGUUGGUGGUACUGCAACCGAAGUUGGACUCACUGCAGUUAAUGCUUUCGAAUACCGUAACUUCCAAAUUCAAAACAACGCGACAAUUGAUGCAGCAAAUAUCUUAUUGACUUCGAUGGACAAUAUUAACACUAAUGGGGAUGCCUGUACCACUGAUAAAUCAGUUUUGCAACAGCAAAUAGAAAUCAUGAUCCCGACGUUGAAUGCGCUGUCAUCUGGAGCUCAAACUGUGCAUACAUCACCGGAAAUUAUUGCACUAAACGAUCAAAUUGACUUAUUGAAAAAAAACAUUCAAACUCAAGCCGACAGUGCAUCCGGUUCAAUCAACAGUACCCAAGGAACUAUCAACGAUGCAAUGACCUCUAUCAGAAAUAUGCUUGGAAAUGUGCAAAAUGAUCUGAAUAAUGUGAUGAAUUCAUUGGCAUCAGCGCAUCGGGAUGUUGUUACGUCAAGUGCAUAUUCUGGUCUGAAAAUCGGAAUCCGGCUUCUCAUCACCAUUCCUGCAUGCAUUGGAUGUCUGUUCUGUAUUCUUGCAUUUGUUGCUGUGGUAUUAUCUUUAUUGAAAAAAGAAAAUGUCGAAUUUCUUGCAACCGCCGUUCUUGUCGCUUUUUACCUGACCAUUCUCAUUUCAAUUGUUCUUAUUUUAUUCUCGAGUGCUGCAUUUGUACUGGGAUGGCUGACAUCUGCUGCAUGUGUUCCCAUUUUUGAAGAUAACAACUAUACACUUUUCCGGCUUAUGAAUCAAACAAUUGCUCCAGUUGGAACUGGGAGUCCUGAUACUGUUAAUAUCGGACAACUUUUGCAAUCUUGCAACAACCCAAGCAUGACAUUGUACACUGCAGUCGACGGGCAAACAAUUAUCUCUGCAGACUCUAUCAAUCAACAAAUCAAUUUGGCUUCUUAUCGGGAUGCAGCAAACAAUGAAAUUAUGAGUCAACCCAAUUCCACCUACACAAUUGACAACAGUUAUUUGACGGAUAGUAACAGUUUGAAUCAAAUUGUGAACGCUGCAAACGAGGCAAAUCUGUCGGUUUGUGGAAAUGACGAUGCAACUGCUAAAUAUAAGGAUUACAUUCAAAAGCUUGCAGUCUCGGAUGCCUUGUCUAAUCAGUUUAUAACAAACUUGCAAACCUUGGCCGCAAAUGCUCCAAAUACGACUUCAAUUGCGAAAAACCAAAAUAAUAAUUACUUCAAUCAGGGAGAUUUGUCGAUCAAUCAGUCUAUUUCAGACCUAAUUAUAAAUCUCCAAACAAAUGUGUUCAUGUGCCGUCCAUUUGUAGAUGUAUACAAUAAUGGAGGUUUCGUAAUGUGUGAACAAUUUGGAAAGCCUAUUCAAGGACUGUGGGCUGCUGUUGGAUUAACUGGACUCUUUCUGUUUUUCCAGUCAAUUCUUUUGCUUCUAGUCUAUCGCUGGUUGAGGACAAAUAGUGAUGAUUUGGCAAUGUAUAACUACAGAGAUAAGAAUGACUCAACGUCAAAAUACAGUGGCACCCGAAAACUCGGUGGCAAAAAGGACCAAGUUCGUCCAACUGAGGAAUUGUGGGCAACACCAAUAUUGAGCUCAACUUCAAAUACGGAAACACGACAGCUUCCAAGAGUUCGACCAUAUGAUAUGGAUAUUGUUCAGCCAUCAGAGUAUGACUAUUCCUACGGCACUGGAUCGCAAUCACAUUAUCCACGUGUUCAAGUUCUUCCAGAUGAAAGACAUCAGCCGAUGUCACCAAAUUACUAUGACACACAACAAUACGGAACAAGAACUCGAUUCAAUGAUAUCGACUUGUUUGAUCAUCAAAGUAAUAAUGGAAGUACGGCACGAGGCCUUCGCCGAUUAUAAUUAUUUAUUUCAAACAACUUCAAAAAUCCCGGAAUUUUUGAAGCUGUUUAUUAAUUACUAUUGUUCCUGUACAUUUUUUUGUUUUGAACCAUUGUGGCUUUACAUUUGUUCCUUCCUCCUUUUGCUCAAUAAAUUGGAUGAGAUCUC